AUGGUAGUUGAAACACAUGAGGGAACUGAGGAAGAAGACGUAGCUGAAGACGAGGAACUUGCAGUUGAGGACGCCAUGGAUCCAAAUCUCGGCUCUGCAGCAAAAGCAUACACAAAAACAGAAUGUGGACACUACAUGAGAGACCUUGAUAGACUUGACAGACGCAUUAGAACCUAUUUAGAGAAAGCCAAGUAUGAACCUUGGGCAAGAUCAUACUCACCAACCAAAAGAUACACCAUGAUGACAUCCAACAUCGCAGAAUCGCUCAACGCUGCACUAAAAGCUGCAAGAAAUCUCCCUAUUGAUAUCUUGGUUGAAUGCCUUAGAAGUUUGGUUCAAAAGUGGGUUUGGAACAACUCAAAUAAUCCAAACGGAACAUUCACAAAAUUCUCUAUGGCAACAGAAAAUGAGUUGAGACAUAACAUUGUUUCGAAAAUGAAGUAUGAGGUCUUGCCUUUCAACCCAAUAAAAUAUCAAGUUCGUGAUGAAAAGGGGACCAAUUUCACAGUAAAUAUACACAAUAGAACAUGUACUUGUAAUAGGUUUCAAGAAGAUGAAAUGUCUUGUGGGCAUGCAAUAGCUGUAAUUGCAAAGAGAAACUUGGGAGUGUAUGAUUAUUGUGCAAAGUUAUACAAAACAAAAACGUUGAAAGCAUUGUGUCAAGAAAAUGUUCAUCCUUUGCCCCAUAAAGAUGAAUAG